AUGCCCGUCUUCCCCAGUCGCCAACAGGACAUCCUGCUCCCCCGCGACAUCACAACCUGGCAAUGGCUCUUCGAAAACCCCACCUACUCUCCCCUCCUCCGCUUUCCCGAAUCUCAACUCGGCGGCUUCACCGAUGCGCAGACGAAAGAGACGUUGAACUGGAGAGAGGUCAAAGAGACGGCGACGUGGCUUUCGACGGCGUUGGUGAAGAAGUAUGGGUUGAAAGAGGGGGAGACGGUGAGCUUGUUUAGUGCGAAUACGAUUUGGUAUCCUGUCGCGAUGCACGCCACCCUCCGUGUCGGCGGCCGCGUGUCCGGUGCCUCCCCAGCCUACAACGUCGAGGAAAUGACCUACGCCCUGCAAAAAGCCGACGCGAAAUUCCUCAUGACCCACAAGGAUAGCAUGGAAGUAGCCAUCGAGUCCGCCAAAGCCGCCAAAAUCCCCAAGGAGAACAUCUUCCUCCUCGAAGGUGAGAUGGACGGUUUCAAGAACAUCAAGACCCUCAUAGAGGAGGGAAAGCAAGCAGGCGAGCCGGUCCCAGUGUGGUCGAUACCGUCAGGCAAAACGAAUUUCGACAUUUGCGGCUUCUUGUCCUUUUCCUCCGGAACCACCGGCCUCCCAAAGGCUGUAAUGAUCGCACACCAGAACGUAAUCGCGCAGUGUCUGCAAAUCAUGCAAAUCACACCCUCGGACCACAAACGUGUGUUGGCCGUACUGCCCUCCUUCCACAUCACGGGUCUAGUCCACGUCCUGCAUCUCCCACUCUUGAUCAACGCCUCCGUCUACUUCCUCCCAGCCUUCACGAUGAAAGCCAUGCUCGACACAGUGACGGAAUACAAGAUCCCUGAACUGCUCCUCGUUCCGCCGAUCCUCAUCCGCAUGGUCCGCGAUCCCAUCGUCGACGAAUACGACCUUUCCUUCUUGCGGCGAUUCUCCUCCGGCGCGGCACCCCUGAGUGAGGAGAUCAUUCAACUGCUCAAGAAGAAGUUCCCGCAAACCGGUUUCAAGCAGGGAUAUGGUAUGACUGAGUCUUGUAGCUGUAUCACCGCCCAUCCGCCUUGGCUGUAUGACUUCAAGUACGCGCAUAGCGUGGGAACAGUCUGCGCAUCGACGACCGUCAAGAUUGUUAAGGAGGAUGGGACGGAAGCGGACGUUGGGGAGCCGGGAGAGAUAUGCGCAAAGGGCCCGCAGAUCGUUAUGGGGUAUUUGAAUAACGAACAGGCGACCCGAGAUACCUUUGACGAGCAAGGCUUCCUGCACACCGGCGACCAGGGCAGCAUCGACGAGAAUGGCAUUAUCACCAUUCUCGAUCGCAUCAAAGAGCUCAUCAAAGUGAAAGGUAUCGGUGUCGCGCCGGCAGAGCUGGAAGAUUGCCUCCUCGGCCACGACAAAGUCGAAGACGUCGCGGUGCUCGGGAUCCAGGACGAGUGGGCGGGCGAAGUGCCAAAGGCCUAUAUCGUGUUGAAGCCUGGCAAUGAAGCGAACCAGGACGUGGGCAGGGAGCUAUUGAAGUAUGUGCGGGACCGCAAGGUGCGGUACAAGGCGGUCAAGGAAGUGGAAUUUAUCGAGGAGAUUCCCAAGAGUGGCUCCGGGAAGAUUUUGAGGAGAAUUUUGAGGGAUCAGGCGAAGAAGGGUGCCACCGGUGUUGUGGUGAGGCAAGAGAGGCCGAAGAUCUAGAGUCUUGAGGUCGAUGUAUGAAGUUCUUACCAUUGGACAAGAGACUUGUACCAGCAUCUCGCCCUGUUGUAUCUCGUUCCACACCAGAUGAAGAGAACCUCUGUGAUACCUUGUUCUC